AUGAUACAAAAUUUAUAUACCCCCCAAAACAAUAAAAUUAAAAAUUAUAAUGAAAAAAAAACUACGUCCCUUUUCCGAAAUAACGCAGUGUCUUUUUACAAUGAUGUCAAUACCGAAGCAAUCUUUUUAUUAGAUAGAGCAACUCAACCAAUAAACUAUAAGAUGAUAAAAAAUGAUUGUGUUUUAUUCAAAGAAGGGAACAAAAUUCAACAUACAAAAAAAGAAAAGGAAUUUGACAAAAUAACCCAAAUUGUAAAUGAUGCCGAUUAUUUAAAUUCUUUAAAAAGUAAAAUACACACAACCGACAUUGAAAAAAUUACAAAACCAUUAGGAAUAUAUUGCUCAAAUGAAAAAUCGAAUAGCCUUGGAGCAAAAGAUAAUGAUGUAAUUUAUAAAAAUAAAUAUGAAUCCCUUAAAAAGGAGUAUGACAAUCUUAAGGAAAGAAUGGACAUCAAGAUUGACCUUGAACUUAUUAAGGCAGGAGCCUUUUACAACAAAGAAGACAUACAUGAUAUUCUUCGUCUGAUAAAAAAAUAUCAAUCUAGAAUUAAAGAAAAGAAAGAUAUUAUAGACACUCAAAACAAUGUUAUAGAAAAGAUAAUGGAGCAAACCAAACUAAAUCGAAAUAAGUUUGUCGUUGAAAAAAAAAAAAAUGAAGAUAUGACGAAGAUUUGCAAUUCCUAUUACCGCCAAAGCAAAAAAAACCAAAUGAAGAUGAAAAUGUUGAAAUAUUCAUUUCUUGAAUAUAAAAUGGCCCUGGAAAAUAUCGUCUCAUGUUGUGAACAAAUUGGGGGAGACAAAAUCAUUUUAAUGGAUGCAAUCAAAUCCGCCAAAACACAAACAGACUUAUCCAUUGCAACUGAAAUGCUAAACAUAAAAAAAAUUAAGGAGCUCGAAAUGAGCAUAUGCUAUUGUGAACAUCAUAUAAAUUAUUUAAAUGAAGAAUUGAAUCUAAAACUACAAGAAUUGAAAAAUGAAACAAAAGAAAAGAAAGAAGCUCAAAAUGAAAUAUAUUCAUAUAAAAAGGAACUAACAAAAAAUAAUAAUAUGAUAAUCAAAAUUUUGGAAUUUUACCAUCAAAUGAUGGUGACCAUGGAAAAAAUUAUAUAUGACAAUGAUAACAAUAAUAAGUAUAAGCCUGAUUUUAUCAAAGACAAAAAGAAGUACAACGAACUGGUUAAAAAGAUUCUCGAAAGUAAUAAAGAAUUGAAGAGUGGCAAUGAUAAAUUAUUUUUAUCAAAUAAUGUGUUUAAAGGAAAAUUAAAGAAUCAUAAAGAAUUUUUAACGAAGCAUAUGAAUGAAGAUAAUAAAAAUAAACACAAAGAAGAUGUUAAUAAAAUUUCAAACUUGGCAAAUCAAAUAAAUGAGACGAAAAAUAUAAAUAAAUCUGAAACGGAAAUAAUACCAAAAGAAAAUAAUUCUACUAAUGAAAAUGAACCAAAAAAUAAUAUAGAUGUAAAUGUAGAGUUGGAGAAAAUAGAAAAAAUACAACAACUUAUAAAGGAUAAAAAUAUCGAUAAAUUAAAGUUUGAGGAUUGUUUAGACAUUAUGUACAAAUCGAAUAUCGUAUUAACACGUAAUAAAAUGGAGGAAUUAAAAGAAAUGGGAUCAAUAGGUGCAAAUGAGUUUGUAACUUUUAUUAAGCCAUUUAUUAUAAAUGAAGAAGAAGCUUUAAAAAAUAUGAUAACUUUUUUUGAAAUUUGGGACGUUAAGAAAACCGGAUAUAUGCAUAAGGAUUUGUUUAUGCCCAUACUAAAAUAUUUUGGUGAUCAUUUGAGUGACCAAGAAAUAGACUAUUUACAAAAAGAGAUAAACUUGUUGAACGAAGCCAACAUUUCCUAUGCGGAUAUACUGAAAAAGUGGAUAUAUGGAAAAGACCAACAGAUUUAA